AGGUAAGCACUUUAUCAGUUCUCUGUGCCUCACUUAUCAGUCCAUCUCUGAGAAUGUACACUAAGACUCACUCACAUUGACAACAAGAAGGACACAUUGUCUCCUGCGCCAGUUCUCUACUGUUGGUUUGCAGAAAAGCAACAAAAAAAAAAAGGAUUUAGAUUAAUUGUGACCAUGUGAGGGGAAGACUAGUUAAAAACUUGUUGAAAACUCCUAAAAGGACUAAUUUUAGUAAAAGGUUAAAAACUAGACAGGCGCAUGUGCAGUAAAUUCAGACAAAAUAGGUUUGAGGAAGAAAAAAUGGAUUGCUAAAGAGGUACAGACAGGCAGACAACAAGGGGAAAAAAAAUCAGACAUCAGUAUCUGAGAGUAGAGUAGUGAACUGAAUAUGGAGGUCCGUGAAACGCAGAUCUGGGGAUUUUUACUGACCGUAUUGGGAUGGAUUUUCAUUGCUUGCUCUUUGGCAAUGGAGGGCUGGAAGGUGGCCGCUGCUGGCGGCCAGGGAGGCAGCUCUGUCGUCUACAUUACUUGGUAUUGGUCCAGUCUGUGGCGGACCUGCACCACUUCCUCUAAUGCUGUCUCCAACUGCUAUGACUUUCCCGUGCUCUGGUCCGUGGAAAAUAAUGUCCAGAUUGUGAGGGCACUACUAAUGGGUGGAGUAGCCAUUGGCAUUUUGGGGUUCAUUCUGAGCCUGGUAGGGAUGGAAUGCACUUACAUAGGAGGCAAAGAGAAGGAGAAGAACAGAGCCAUCUUCAUAGGAAGCCUCUGUCAUACUACCAGUGGUUUGUUAUCUGCAGCAGGGUAUGCUGUCUAUGCUCGCAACAUUACAGCAGAAUUCUUCAAUCCUAGUUUUGAAUUAAAGUUUGAUCUGGGCACACCAUUGUUUGUUGGAUGGGCUGGAAGUAUAUUUCAAUUUACUGGAGGGCUCUUGUACAUGAUAUCAAUUUAUAAGCUCUGGUCUCUGGACAGGAGGACAAUUGAGGAUACAGUUCCUGCUGAAGAAGCCGUAGCCCUGCAUUCCAUUCCCACAAAUAUCUCCAACUCCUCUGACCUUCCCUCCAAGGUGUCUACUGUGUCUGAGCUCUCCUUAAAGUCAUCUUCCACUUUGUCCAGUGUCUCACAUAAGUCUCACCAUCUUUCCAAAGCCUGAUGUUUUUCAAAACCUAUCAUGGGACUCGAUAUGAUUGGGACAUUCUUGAACCUCUACAUCAUCAGAAAGUGGAAAAUAUGUGCAUAUGUCUAUGUCUGUCUGUCUGUCUGUCUCUC